GAUCCCGAGCGCGCCGGCCAAGAGAAAGGAAACGGAAAGCAUGUUGUAAAGUUUCGUUUCUCCUCCAAGAUGAUCCCCUACAACCCUGUUUUGCACACUGUGGCUCACAUUUGACGUUUCACCACAAAUGCAGCAGAGUGUGCAUGUACUGUACAUAUGAAAGCGAGGGUGGGCGUCUGCAGUUAAAUUAAAGUGGUGGAAGUCUCCCUCGUCUCUACAGUACCUAUGAGCAUUCUACCGAAUUACUCAGGAGCCAGAAUAUCUGGUUGCUGGAUACUGACAUCAGAUGGCCGCGGAAGUGGUGAUGGCUCACUGGACCGCCUCCUCCCCUCGGUGAGCACGGGCCUUUCACCGAGGAAAAGGACCACCAGUCAGUGCAAGUCUGAGCCGCCUCUCCUCCGCACCUCCAAGCGCACCAUCUACACGGCUGGGCGUCCCCCCUGGUACAACCAACAUGGCACCCAGUCCAAGGAGGCCUUUGUCAUUGGUCUGUGCGGCGGCAGUGCUUCGGGAAAGACGACCGUUGCUAGAAAAAUCAUCGAAGCGCUCGACGUUCCUUGGGUUGUCCUCCUUUCCAUGGACUCCUUUUACAAGGUCCUCUCCUCAGAACAACAGAUGCGGGCUGCCAGUAACGAUUAUAACUUUGACCACCCCGAUGCCUUCGACUUUGAUUUGCUGACGCACACGCUGCGAAAGCUCAAGCAGGGCAAGAGUGUGAAAAUCCCCGUGUAUGAUUUCACAACUCACGGGAGACAGAAGGAGUGGAAAACAGUGUAUGGAGCCAGUGUGAUCAUCUUUGAAGGGAUCAUGGCCUUUGUCGAUAAAGACCUCUUGAAGUUGCUGGACAUGAAGAUUUUUGUCGACACGGACUCAGAUAUCCGUCUCGUGCGUCGGCUGAGGAGGGACAUCACCGAGCGAGGCCGGGACAUCGAGGGUGUCAUCAAACAGUACAAUAAGUUUGUCAAGCCAUCCUUUGAGCAGUACAUCGAACCAACCAUGCGUCUGGCUGAUAUUGUGGUGCCUCGGGGUGGCGGGAACAUGGUGGCCAUUGAUUUGAUAGUGCAGCACGUCCACAGUCAGCUGGAGGAGAGGAAACUUCGCUGGGAUAUGGCAGCCCUGGCUUCUGCACACCAAGCGCAACCGCUUCCGCAGACGCUCAGCGUUCUGGAGAGUACACCCCAGGUCAAAGGCAUGCACACCAUCAUCAGGAACAAGGAAACCAGCCGGGAUGAGUUCAUCUUUUACUCCAAGAGGUUGAUGCGUCUGUUGAUUGAGCGAGCGCUCUCCUUCCUGCCAUCACAGGUCCACGUCGUCCAGACACCCCAGGGAGAGGACUACGAAGGCAGGCGUUUCCACGGGAAGAGGAUCACCGGCGUGUCCAUUUUGCGGGCAGGAGAAACCAUGGAGCCCGCUCUAAGGGCCGUUUGCAAAGAUGUCCGCAUCGGCAAAAUCCUCAUCCAGACCAACCAGGACACAGGAGAACCUGAGGUCCAGCUUCAUUACCUGCGUCUCCCCAAAGACAUAAGCGAAGAUCACGUCAUUCUGAUGGACUGCACCGUGUCCACUGGCGCCGCAGCCAUGAUGGCCGUUCGAGUGCUGCUGGACCAUGAUGUACAAGAGGAUAAAAUCCUUCUGGUGUCUCUGCUAAUGGCCGAAAUGGGAGUGCACUCGGUGGCCUACGCCUUCCCGCAGGUCAAGAUCAUCACCACGGCCGUAGACAAGAAGGUCAACGAUCUCUUCCACAUCAUACCUGGCAUCGGAAAUUUUGGGGAUAGAUAUUUUGGAACUGAUGCACCUCCUGACUGGAGCGACGACGAGAUAGAUGAGCCUAGUUACUGAUUUGACAUGAGUCAGUGGCUGUGAACUUGUUCAUCAGGUGGCCCACGAAGAACAACUUUGAAGCCUCUGCGGGGCCCAGAGCAAAACAAUCGCACUGUACACUCGCACCAUUAAAAUGUUUAAAUUAUUUUAUUCUUCCUGAACUCGUGUUAUGAAGUUAAAGAUAUUUUUGUACAGUAUGUUAAUAGCUUGGUCCAUGUGCAAUUUGCGCCUUAAAAGCCUCAUACUGUGGACGACACUGAAUGUGAACUUGUACAAAAAAAAAAGGGGGGGGGGGGUCUGCCUUCAUCAGUCACGUGCAGUUGAAUCAGUACACAAACUCAACUUUCAUCACAUGCACUUGUGAAACGACCAUUCAACCGGAAAAUGUGUAGGUGUAUUUUUUCCCCUUCUUUCUCUCUGGGGCGUGAAAACAGCUGAAAGCGUAAUACACCCAGACGUCUGCCUUUCUGCAAACUGUCUGACCAGCAGGCUGUUAGAUUGAAUUCAGAGUGUGUCAAACACAUUUCAGCCCCAUUGUGUUUUUGGCCUCGCGUGCCUGGUUCGUACCUGAGUAAAAAACAAACACUUUUAGUAUUAAAAAUAUAGGCUCCGUUUUUUUAAGAUGUUGGAUUAAAAAUAGAUAUUACAAACCAGGUUACUCUAGUAAUGCCUCUUUUUCAAUGUCCUUUUGAACUUCAUUGCUCUCCUCCUUAUAGGACACUGUAAAAGUUUAGUUGCUGAAUGCAAGUGGUGGCUUGUCAACUUAUGCCGUUGCCUUUGCACUGUUUUGUUUACAAGUUAAGCUGCAUGUUUUUUGUAUAUGUUCAAUAAAUAUGCAGUUGUUUUAAA